AUGUUCGACCUGGGUAAGGAAUGUUAUCCUGAAAUGAUGAUAAGUAUUCUUAAAAGUAUGGCUAAUGUUUAUAAAGCAUCAAGUGAAUAUCGUCAAGCACUUGAGUAUUACCAAAAAUUACUUGGUCUUUGUAUGACAGAAGAGCUUGCUGAAAUUCAUAUGGAAAUUGGCUUUUGUUAUUCAGAACUAAAUGAAAUGGAGAUGUCAUUUGAGAGUUAUCAAUUAGCUCGUUCCAUGUGUGCGCCAAUAAACUAUGAACUAUGGGCUAGUAUACAUAAAGGACUUGGGAAAUACUAUGUACAAUGUGGAAAUAAUACUGAAGCGAUAAAUAAUUUAGAAACUGCUCUAAAUACACGACUUCUUUGCAUGCAAACAGAAGACUCUCCCUUCCAUUCACUUUAUUUAGACUUAGGCUACUUAUAUUUGGAAAGUGAAAGAUAUCAAGAAGCAGAGAAAGCUUUUGAACAACUUUUGAAUAAACAAAUAGAACAAGAUGAACAGAUGGAUGCCAUCAAUACACUGGCACUGCUAGGUCUCACUCAAGUUAGACAAAACAAUGUAGAUAAAGGUAUUGAUUAUUAUCAAAACGCAUUUCAAUUAUCUUUAAGCAUGUCUCCACCAGACUAUCGAACCGCUGCAUAUAUUUGCGCUCACAUGGGUGAAGCUUACGACUUAGACUAUAAUCCAUGGAAAUGUGUUAUAUCAUAUGAAAAAACAAUUGAGAUGGUUUCGAAAACAGAACCUUGCGACAAUGAUUUAUUGGAGCUUUAUCAUGAGAACGCUCAGGUGGCACGUCAAAACAUUCUUAAUUUUCAUAGAAAGAUUGCCGAACAGGAAGCCACAGAAACAGAUAACAAUCAUUAA